CUUGCGACUGAGGAAAAGCCGUUGGCCAGAAAUCUCAAAUCGAGAAUGGGAACAGCACACCUCUAAAGAAUCGAAUCUUCUCAAAUAGAUCCAGACUUGUUAAUUAAUAGCUGUGGGAAGAAUAAGAUACUAACAAGGACUUUACUUCUAUCUCUGGUAAUCUAUACAGUACCGGUAUCAUCAAAGAACUAAAGAGUGGACCAUGACCGAAGGCACUACCACUACCGAGACAAAUAAUCCAAUUCCCGUGACGGAACAAUACAAUCUCAAGACGGACCAUGAUGACAUGCCCAAGUCGGAACAAGCCGGUACCGGUCGUCAAGGCCGGGUCUAUUCGACGGAAUACGGUCAAAAACCGGGAGGUCUCCAAGUGGAAGACAUGAUUUUUGGUUUGAAAAUGGCACAUCUCUCUUGUACCGAUGACACAGAAGGCAGACUCGCAUCUCCAGGGCCAAACACGUUGGCGGCCGUCGAACACAUUGUCGGCAAGGAAGAUGCCAAAAAGCCACUCAGUGAAUUGCUAAAGAAGCAUUUUAAUCUGAACAUGGAUUGUUGGAUUGAUGAAAGUGGAUGGCGCCAUGCACGGGCGGUGGAUACGCAGGGGUAUAUUGCGUCCAAUGAAGAUACCAUUGUUCUGAGUUAUCGAUUUACAACGUCCAACAUGGACUGGAUGACCAAUCUUAGCAUGACCACAUCCGAGUGGGAGCCAGACCGCGAUGAACUGAUCGGUCAUGCCGGAUGGUGUUCCUGCGUCGAUGGACUCUACACCAAAUACUUUACAGAACGCGGCAAACCACGGAUCCACACGGGAUUUUACAACAACUUUGUCUACACCAUACCCAUGAUCCGAAAAUAUGUGCUGGAACCACUCCUCAAAUCCGAUGCUACACCCAAAAAGGUUUACGUUGUGGGAUGCAGUUUGGGUGCUGCCAUUGCCACCUGUGCCUUUUGCUUUAUCCUGCAAGAAAUGCAACCCUCCUUGGAAAAACCAGACUUUUGCAAUCACAAACUCAUCAAUGUGACAGCCGGAUCACCACGUGUCUGUAGCAAGCAAAUGAGAGAUCAAGUCAUGGAACGCAUGGCCAAAUUACGACCACUGGAUCGAGCCGUCAUUUGUCGCAUGGUCUAUAAUCACGAUGUCGUACCGCACAUGCCUCCGAAUGCCAUUGGAUUUGUGCAUCUCGACAAGCUCGUUUACAUUCCGAUCGACGGACACGAUAUUCUCAUCAAUCCACACAUGAAAGAAACCAAGAGCAUGGCCGAAGUCAAAACCAUUGUUGGCAAUUUCCGGGCGGCAAACAAUGCCAGCCAUCCAGUACCUGACAGUGAAGAUCAUCACCCCGAUGAUGAUAUCAAAACACGGUUUGAAGAAGAGUGCGAAAAGACUCCCGAACCCAUCAAAGAUCACAUGCCUUACUGGUACCUGACAUGUCUGGAAAGACUCAAACAGCGAGCCGAUGCGGGGGAUGUGUAAAAGAAAUUCAUUUUGUACAGGAGCAGAGCCCGUGAGAUUGGUCAUGUGUGUUUUUCUUUUGGACAUGAGCUCUCUCGAUUGUGUGACUUUCCCGUCUGGAUUGGUGUUCUGGGUGAACGAGUUUGCAUGGUGUAUCAGUAGUUUUGAGCUGGUGAUUGUUUGGUCCGUUGGCUGUUGUAGUUUGCAACCUCUGUGACAUUAGUAGCUUGUUUCGCAUUUUCUAUGGAAUGUUGUCACCUCGAGCACUUAUUCCCGCCCCACCAAGUGAACUCUCGCACACGGUACAACGCCCAAGAGGUGCAAUCUUUCCAACCUUCCACAACCUCAAUACGUCCCUUCACCAAGCAACCGUUUCCAGCCGAGCUCACCACUCCCUGUUUCUCAACCUACCAAUAUCUGAUUGCUUUGUACCGGUAUGCACUACAUGCAUCAUAACUCGAAUCUCACCGGUGGUCUCUAUCCCGACCAAAA